AUGGAAGAAGGAAAAGUAUAUGAUGUUGAAGUAAAACCAAUAGUUAAUGAUGAAAUUAUUGUUUUUGAGUCGAGUGCUGUUGGAGGAGUUGAAACUCUAGACCAACCAGAUGUUGACCAAAUUCAAAUAGAGGGACAAACAUAUCAAAUGGUAAAUAAACCAAAUCAAAAAAUUCAAUUUAUAUUACAAUAUUCAGAUGAAGGAAUUCAACUUCAUGAAGUAAAACUGAAAAGGUUAGAUAAGAAAGGGAUAUCUCAAAGUGAUAAUAAUCAAAGUAUAAAAAUGGAAGAUGAAGAGUCAGAUGUUGAUGACUAUUUUGGAGAGAACGAAGAAGAAGAUGACGAUAGUAAUGAGGAUGAUGAUAGUAAUGCAGAUGCGCUUGCUGCAUUUGACAAUGCUGACGAUAAUGAGAAUGACGAUUUGAAGGACUCAGACAGUGAAGGAGAUGAUUGA